AUGACUUCCAAGCGUCUCGCAGAUAGGUCUCACCGCACCACCGAUCCUGAUGACGGAUGGGUUAAUCUCGGUGCCAGCGAGCAACAUGCUGCUACUCCUGUCGACGUCGAGUCUAUGCCGGAGCGCAUUAUAAGGAUCACUGCCGAUGAAAAGGAUCUCAGAAAGUUCUACAACAUCAAGUUCUCUCCUACCAGAUCUCGGCGCCUUAAGAGAUUCUACAAUGAAGAGCUCGAAAGCCUGUUCAAGGCGCCGUUCGAUACGUAG